GGAAGUGGGACCAAAACAAAGGAGCGGCGGCCGGGAGUGGACGUUCCUGAUCUGGUGUCCCUUCCGCGUACGCUCCGGCCCUGGCCGCUGACCCCAAGGAGCCGUCCGACCAUGUCCAACAUGGAGAAACACCUGUUCAACCUGAAGUUCGCCGCCAAGGAACUGAGCAGGAGUGCCAAGAAAUGCGAUAAGGAGGAGAAGGCCGAAAAGGCCAAAAUCAAAAAGGCCAUUCAGAAGGGCAACAUGGAAGUUGCGAGGAUACAUGCCGAAAAUGCCAUCCGCCAGAAGAACCAGGCGGUGAAUUUCUUGAGAAUGAGUGCGCGGGUCGAUGCGGUGGCUGCCAGAGUCCAGACGGCGGUGACGAUGGGCAAAGUGACUAAGUCAAUGGCCGGUGUGGUGAAGUCGAUGGACGCGACGUUGAAGACCAUGAAUCUGGAGAAGAUCUCUGCUUUGAUGGACAAGUUCGAGCAUCAGUUUGAGACGCUGGACGUCCAGACGCAGCAAAUGGAAGACACGAUGAGCAGCACGACGACGCUGACCACUCCCCAGAACCAAGUAGAUAUGCUGCUCCAGGAAAUGGCAGACGAGGCGGGCCUCGACCUGAACAUGGAGCUGCCGCAAGGCCAGACCGGUUCGGUGGGCACGAGCGUGGCCUCGGCCGAGCAGGAUGAACUGUCCCAGAGGCUGGCCCGCCUCCGGGACCAAGUGUGAUGGCAGAGCCCGCCGGGGUCCCCUCUUGCACGUCGGAGAGAGAGACCUAGAAACAUGUCAGAAUGCAGUGACGCCCUUCCUUCUAUCUUUGGGAUUUCAGCCCUCUCCAGACACGUGAAGAACGUCCAGUCUUCUCCACCCUUACCUGGACUUUUUAAGUUCUGUGUAGCUUGUGACGAUGUGUAUUUUUAUAGCUGCCUUUAACAAAACUGGUUAAUUUGCUUUCUAUGAAUCUCAAAAAUUCGCUCAGAACUCUAGUCCUCAUGUAUUCAUUUUUCCACUUAGAAUUAUAUAUUGAAGUUUUAUUUUAGUGUGGUUGGUGAUACAUAGAAUGAUAAGUGGUGAAUAAAAAUUAAAGAAGGGGGAAUGAUUGGUUACAAGACUAUAAACACUUUGUUCAACUUAUUCAAUGAACAGUGCUAUUAUAUAGAUAUAUUCUUUGGGU